AUGAGCGAUAAUAUGAAUUCCCAUGCCGAGACACAGAAAACAGUCGAAUCGACAGAACGGACUAUCGCAGAGACAAAUGUAACCGCGCCAGAUUUGAAAUCAGGAGGAACGCGGCGCGGAUCUCGACCUGUUGCGCCACCGCAAAAGGGAACGACUGUGUUUCCCAUGGCUCGGAUCAGUAAGAUCAUCAAGGCCGAUACUUCAGUGGAUAUCUGCAGCAAGGAAGCAACAUUUCUUAUUAGUGCAGCGACGGAGCUCUUUGUUAAGAAGCUGGUCGAAGAGGGUUGCACAAAUGCACGUUUAGACAAACGACGAAUGAUCCGCUACGAUGAUAUGGCUAAAGCUGUUGCACAGAACGAAUACAUGGACUUUUUAAGGGAUAUUGUGCCUAACACAAUACCUCUUUCUAUGGCUAUGAAGAUGCGUGAAGAGAGAAAUCAUACAGAGUCUGAUCAGGCUCAAAACGAAGCUGGAAAGGCACGAGAUGAGGACGCAGGGACCGAGAUGGAGGCGAACACGAGAAAUGCUAUGAACGGAGGCGACGCUACCGCUGAGACGGACGCUCAUGUCGAUACUCAAGGUGAUGAUGAUGAUGCUGAUGUGGAUAUUGAAGCUGAGGGAGAUGGCUUUGGCGAUCAGUCUAUGCCUGACGAAAACACCAACGGGUAG